CAUACUUUGGUUGGUGUUGUUAAUGGUUAACAAUUGUUGGUGUGUGGAUCAUACCUACCAUGUGAAAGAGAACAAUGAUAUACACAGCUUUAUUGGAGAUAUUGUCACUGAUACACACCUAUUGGAUACUGUACCAUCUCUUGAUGAUAACAGCAAACUGAUGUUUAAUGUACUUCAGAGAAGUUCUGAUGAAACAGACCAGUUAUUUAAUGUUACACAGGGAGGACACUUGUACACAGCUGCCAUAUUGGAUGCAGAAAUUCUGUGUCAAUGUAAUGUGGAAUGUUUCAGGAUGUUAGAAAUAGCUGUUCAACACGGCCAUUCUUUUAUUAAGUUAUUAAAACUCAAAGUUAUAAUAGAAGAUGUCAAUGAUAAUUCUCCAAAGUUUCCAAAAAAGGAAUUUCAUUUAAAAUUUGAGGAAAAUGAUUUCAUAGGAACCAAGUAUAUAAUUCCAAAUGCCAUUGAUAAUGAUGUCAGUAUUCAGAAUUCCAGAAUCACUUAUAAGAUUGAAGAUUUAAAUACUCCUUUUAAAUUGAUUGUUUCUAAAAAAUUGGAUGGAUCUGAUUUAUUGCAACUCAAUCUAGAAAACGUCUUAGAUCGUGAGACAAAAAGCAUUUAUGAAAUUCAGCUAAUUGCCAGAGAUAAUGGAUCACCACAGAAAAAAGGUGUACUUCAUAUAAAAAUAAUUAUUAAAGAUAUUAAUGAUAAUUUCCCUGUGUUCUCCCAAAAUACUUAUAAUGUCACUGUAAAUGACACACACCAGUUAAACAAACCGAUUGCAAAGCUGUCAGCCACAGAUUUAGAUGAAGGAGAAAAUGGAUUAAUAUCUUACGUCUUCAAUAGUAAAACAUCAACAUAUGCUAUAAAGUGUUUCAGAUUAGAUGAAGUAACUGGAUAUUUGUUUCUAAAGAAAGAAUUUCAAUUUGGAAGGAUAUAUAAAUUGUUUGUUGAAGCUAGGGAUAAUGGUAAUCCACCAAUGUCAUCAACUACCAUUGUUCUGGUAAAUGGUGUCACUCAUUUGAAUAAUCCACCAAACAUUGACUUCAAAUUUCUCUUAAAGUCAACUGGAAACACAGCAGUCAUCUCAGAAGGAACACAAAUUCAGAGUUUUGUUGCUUUUGUCAAUGCUAUUGACAAUGACAGUGGAGUAAAUGGACAAGUGAAGUGUCAUUUACAAAAUAAAUACCUUCAGUUAGUCUCAAUGUCUGAAAAGAAUUACAAAGUUGUUGUCAAGAGUGAAAUAGAUAGAGAGAGUGAGAAGAGCUUUAAUUUCACCAUUAAAUGUCAAGAUAAUGGUUUACCUCCAUUGAAAGUAGAGAAACAGUUUUCUGUGCUGGUUACUGACAUAAAUGAUGUACAACCUCAGUUUAGUCAGGACAUAUUUAAGUUUCUCACCUAUGAAAAUGAACACAAAGACUUCCCUGUUGGACAAGUCAAUGCCACAGACCCAGAUAUUGGAGAUGGAGGACAAUUAACCUAUUCUCUAUUAUCUAAUGGAAAAGAUAUUCUACCAUUUCAGAUAUCUGAUGUGGGAUUCAUUUCCACAACUGAGUCCCUAGACAGAGAAGAAAAGAACCUGUAUGAGUUUAAGGUUUUAGUAAAAGAUAAAGGAACACCAUCACUGGAGAAGAGAGCAAAUGUUGUUGUUGAGGUUAUGGAUUUAAAUGAUAAUGCUCCCUAUUUCAGUUUCCCUAAUGUUGACCCUUUCACUCUUAAUGUCCACUACCAUCCCCACUCUGACCAUGAUAUCACAGUUGUUAGGGCCUCUGACAGAGACAGCCAACACAAUGCCUUCCUCACAUAUGAAAUACUCAGAGGUAAUGAGAAACACUUAUUUCAAAUGAACCAUCACUCUGGUGUCUUAUCUUUCUCUCGCUCACUUUACCAAAAUGAUGCUGGAUUCUAUGAACUGGAAUUAGGUGUGAAAGACAGUGGCAGUCCAGUUCUGUCAUCGACAACAACUUUGUCUUUGACUCUCACAGUUAGUAACAACACAUCAAAGAUAUUUAAGAUCCCUUCAAAGACAACAACAGAAUCAAGUAAUGGUCUCCAAUUGAAUGUGAUGAUUGUUAUUGUUGUAGCAGCUGUGAUCGUAUCAGUUGUCAUAGUGAUCUCUAUAUCAAUCUGUAUAGUUCAUAGACUGAAGCAGACAGACAGCAACUAUAACAACAGUGUUGAUAUGUACCACAAGGUUACACCUGCAUUAAACACCCAAUCGAAAUAUAUAUUUGAUCCUACCUGUGUUCCACCUGGCAUUUCGUACACAAUGUCGAGAAAACUGAAGCCAUCUCAAGAAUCAAAUGUUUAUAGGGAAGAUGCUUACUGCAGAACCAUGCCAUGUGAUAAGUGGAAUGAUUUCACUUUGAACAGACCAGAACAGAUGUUUAUUCCCCGAGAAGAAAGUAUGUCUCCAGGUUACAGUGAACUGAACAAUCCUGACCAAUUCAGUGAGAUGUCAACAUUGUCAUCUCACACUGAUAGUGGUCAUGGCUGGAGUGUUGGUAGUGCUGGACAUUAUGAGGAACUGCCAGAUCUGUGUCGUUACCAAAGUGACCAGACAUGGAAUAGAAGAAAUCAACUUCAAAACACACUCAACAGAUCAAGGGGAGAUAACAAAUAUGGAUAUCACCAUCACCCUAAUGUCGAUAAUAACACUUCCUGUUCGAUUGACCAAACACCUUUGACUAUUACUGGGACCACAUCUAACAUAACUGAACAACAUUCUACAGUACCAGUGAAAAGUCAAUUUACUUCAGACUGUAAACCAUCUCUGCCAGCUGUACCCAAAAUAACAACACUACCAAAGGUACCUUCAUCACCCCAGGUACCUCCUCCACUCCCUCCUCUAUCUGCAACAGACGUCUUUCUAGGAACAUUACAUAUAUAUUUCCCUGCAACAGACUUGAAGACUGUAGCCAUGUUAUAUAUAGUUAUGUUGGUGUUGUUGAUGGCUGACAACUCCUGGUGUGUGGAUCAUACCUACCAUGUGAAAGAGAACAAUGAUAUACACAGCUAUAUUGGAAAUAUUGUCACUGAUGCACACUUACUACAUAAUAUUCAGUCUCAGGAUGAUAGUAACAAACUGACAUUUAAUAUACUCCAGGGUGGUAAUGAUGGAGAUGUUCAGUUGUUUAAUGUUACACCUGGAGGACAAAUAUACACUGCUGCCAUAUUGGAUGCAGAGAUUCUGUGUCAAUAUGAUGUGGAAUGUUUCAGAAUAUUGGAAAUAGCUGUUCAACAUGACCAUUCCUUUCUCAAGAUAAUAGAAAUCAAAGUUAUAAUAGAAGAUGUCAAUGAUAAUUCUCCCAAGUUUCCAAAUGAGGAAUUUCAUUUAAAAUUUGAUGAAAAUGAUUCAAUAGGAACGAAGUAUAUAAUUCCAAAUGCCAUUGAUAAUGAUGUCAGUAUUCAGAAUUCCAGAAUCACUUAUGAGAUUGAAGAUUUAAAUACUCCUUUUAAAUUGAUUGUUUCUAAAGAGUUGGAUGGAUCUGAUUUAUUGCAGCUAAACCUCGAAAACGUCUUAGAUCGUGAGACAAAAAGCAUUUAUGAAAUUCAGCUAAUUGCCAGAGAUAAUGGAUCACCACAGAAAGAAGGUGUACUUCAUAUAAAAAUAUUAGUUAAGGAUAUAAAUGACAAUAAACCUUUGUUCUCUCAGAAGAAUUAUAAUGUCACUGUAAAUGACACACACCAGUUAAACAAACCGAUUGCAAAGCUGUCGGCUACAGAUUUAGAUGAAGGAGAAAAUGGAUUAAUAUCUUAUUUUUUCAAUGCCAUAACAUCAAAAUAUACUGAACAGUUUUUCAGAUUAGAUGAAGUAACUGGAUAUUUGUUUCUAAAGAAAGAAUUCCAAUUUGGAAGGAUAUAUAAAUUGUAUGUUGAAGCUAGGGAUAAUGGUAACCCACCAAUGUCCUCAGCUGCCACUGUUCUUGUAACUGGAAUCAGUCAUCUUAACAAUCCUCCCAAAAUCGAUGUCAAAUUUGUUAUAGAGUCAACUGGAAACACAGCAGUCAUCUCAGAAGCAUCUAAAAUUGGCAGUUUUGUUGCUUAUGUCAAAAUUACUGACAGUGACGGUGGAAAAAAUGGACAAGUGAACUGUCAUUUACAUAAUAAAUAUCUUCAGCUAAUUUUAAUUUCUGAAAAGAAAUACAAAGUUGUUGUCAAGAGUGAAAUAGAUAGAGAGAGUGAGAAGAGCUUUAAUUUCACCAUUAAAUGUCAAGAUAAUGGUUUACCUCCAUUGAAAGUAGAGAAACAGUUUUCUGUGCUGGUCACUGACAUAAAUGAUGUACAACCUCAGUUUAGUCAGGACAUAUUUAAGUUUCUCACCUAUGAAAACGAACACAAAGACUUCUCUGUUGGAUAUGUCAAUGCCACAGACCCAGAUAUUGGAGAUGGAGGACAAUUAACCUAUUCUCUAUUAUCUAAUGGAAAAGAUAUUCUACCAUUUCAGAUAUCUGAUGUGGGAUUCAUUUCCACAACUGAGUCCCUAGACAGAGAAGAAAAGAACCUGUAUGAGUUUAAGGUUUUAGUAAAAGAUAAAGGAACACCAUCACUGGAGAAGAGAGCAAAUGUUGUUGUUGAGGUUAUGGAUUUAAAUGAUAAUGCUCCCUAUUUCAGUUUCCCUAAUGUUGACCCUUUCAGUCUUAAUGUCCACUACCAUCCCCACUCUGACCAGGAUAUCACAGUUGUUAGGGCCUCUGACAGAGACAGCCAACACAAUGCCUUCCUCACAUAUGAAAUACUCAGAGGUAAUGAGAAACACUUAUUUCAAAUGAACCAUCACUCUGGUGUCUUAUCUUUCUCUCGCUCACUUUACCAAAAUGAUGCUGGAUUCUAUGAACUGGAAUUAGGUGUGAAAGACAGUGGCAGUCCAGUUCUGUCAUCGACAACAACUUUGUCUUUGACUCUAACAGUUAGUAACAGCACAUCAAAGAUAUUUAAGACCCCUUCAAAGACAACAACAGAAUCAAGUAAUGGUCUCCAAUUGAAUGUGAUGAUUGUUAUUGUUGUAGCAGCUGUGAUCGUAUCAGUUGUCAUAGUGAUCUCUAUAUCGAUCUGUAUAGUUCAUAGACUGAAGCAGACAGACAACAACUAUAACAACAGUGUUGAUAUGUACCACAAGGUUACACCUGCAUUAAACAUCCAAUCAAAAUAUAUAUUUGAUCCUACCUGUGUUCCUCCUGGAGUUCAGUGCACAAUGGAGAGAAAUCUGAAGAAACCUCAACAACCAAUUGAAGACAGGGAAAAUAUUUACUGCAGAACUAUGUCAGCUGAUAGAUGGGAUGAUCUAACUUCAAGAAAACAACUGAUGUUUAUUCCAAGAGAAGAAAGCAUCCCUCCUGGUUACAGAGAACUAAAUGGUGCUGACCAAUUCAGUGAAAUGUCAACAUUGUCAUCUCACACUGAUAGUGGUCAUGGUUGGAGUGUCGGUAGUGCUGGACAUUACGAGGAACUGCCAGAUCUGUGCCGCUAUCAAUGUGACCGUACAUGGAAUAGGAGAAAUCCCAAUUUUUCAAACACAUUGAACAGAUCAAGGGGAGAUAAUCACAAUGGAUACCAUUACCAGCCUAACGUUGAUAUUAACACUUCCUGUGAUCAUGACCAAAUACCUUUUACAGUAACUGGUACCACAUCUGACAUAAGUGAACAACCAUCUACCGUACCAAUGACAAGUGACUUUUCUUCAGACUGUAAACCACCUCUACCGCCUGUACCUAAAGUAACAACUCUACCAAAGGUACCUACAGUACUUCAGGUACCUUCUCUAUCUGCAACAGAUGUCAAGUCUUACAAUGGAAUACUAGCCAUGUUUUCAAUGGUUUUGUUGAUUGUGGUGCUGGUGGCUAACAACUGCUGGUGUGUGGAUCAUAUCUACCAUGUGAAAGAGAACAAUGAUACAGACAGCUAUAUUGGAAAUAUUUUCACUGAUACACACUUAAUGGAUGAUAUACAGUCCCAGUUUAAUAGAAGCAAACUGACAUUUAAUAUACUCCGGGAUAGUACUGAUCAAACUGUUCAAUUGUUUAAUGUUACACCUGGAGGAAAACUGUACUCAGCUGCCAUAUUGGAUGCAGAAUCUCUAUGUCGAUAUAACGUGGAAUGUUUCAGGAUAUUUGAUGUAGCAAUUCAACAUGACAAGUCCUUAAUCAAGAUAUUAGAAUUCAAAUUUAUGAUAGGCGAUGUCAAUGACAAUUAUCCAGUGUUUCCAAAUAAUGAAUUUCAAAUACAAUUUGAUGAAAAUGUAUUGGCUGGAACAAAAGAAAUAAUUCCAAAUGCCAUUGACAAUGAUGUCAGUAUUCAGAAUUCUAAAAUCUCUUAUCAACUUGUAGAGAAUGAAGAUACUUCUUUCAAAUUGUUUGUUUCUAAAAAAACAGAUGGAAGUCAAUUAUUACAACUGAAUUUAGAAGGUAACUUAGAUCGUGAGACUAAAAGCAUUUAUAAUCUUCAGCUGAUUGCCACAGAUGGGGGAUCUCCACCAAAAGAAGGUAUACUGGACAUCAAAAUUUUAGUGGAAGAUAAAAAUGAUAAUUUCCCUGUAUUUUCCCAAAAUAUCUACAAUGUGACUCUAAAUGACACACAUCAAAUGAACAAGCCUAUUGUAAGACUGUCUGCAGCAGACAUAGAUGAAGGGGAAAAUGGAAGAAUUUCUUAUGCUUUUAGUGCUAAAACACUAAAUAAAUUUAAACAAUGCUUUACUUUAGAUGAAAUAACAGGAGAAAUGCAUAUAACGAAAGAAUACAAGUUUAAAAAAUCCUAUAAAUUGGUUGUUGAAGCUAGAGAUAAUGGUAAAAUACCUAUGUCCUCAACAGCCACCGUCCUUAUAAAUGGUGUCACACAUCGUAAUAAUCCACCAAACAUUGAUGUCAAAUUUGUUAUAGAGUCAACUGGAAACACAGCUGUCAUCUCAGAAGCAGCUAAAAUUCACAGCUUUGUUGCUUAUGUCAAAGUUACUGACAAUGACAAUGGAAAAAAUUGUCGAGUGAAAUGUCAUUUACAAAAUAGAUAUCUUCAGCUAAUUUUAAUUUCUAAAAAGAAAUACAAAGUUGUUGUCAAGAGUGAAAUAGAUAGAGAGAGUGAGAAGAGAUUUAAUUUCACCAUUAAAUGUCAAGAUAAUGGUUUACCUCCAUUGAAAGUAGAGAAACAGUUUUCAAUGCUGGUCACUGACAUAAAUGAUGUACAACCUCAGUUUAGUCAGGACAUAUUUAAGUUUCUCACCUAUGAAAAUGAACACAAAGACUUCCCUGUUGGAUAUGUCAAUGCCACAGACCCAGAUAUUGGAGACGGAGGACAAUUAACCUAUUCUCUAUUAUCUAAUGGAAAAGAUAUUCUACCAUUUCAGAUAUCUGAUGUGGGAUUCAUUUCCACAACUGAGUCCCUAGACAGAGAAGAAAAGAACCUGUAUGAGUUUAAGGUUUUAGUAAAAGAUAAAGGAACACCAUCACUGGAGAAGAGAGCAAAUGUUGUUGUUGAGGUUAUGGAUUUAAAUGAUAAUGCUCCCUAUUUCAGUUUCCCUAAUGUUGACCCUUUCAGUCUUAAUGUCCACUACCAUCCCCACUCUGACCAUGAUAUCACAGUUGUUAGGGCCUCCGACAGAGACAGUCAACACAAUGCCUUCCUCACAUAUGAAAUACUCAGAGGUAAUGAGAAACACUUAUUUCAAAUGAACCAUCACUCUGGUGUCUUAUCUUUCUCUCGCUCACUUUACCAAAAUGAUGCUGGAUUCUAUGAACUGGAAUUAGGUGUGAAAGACAGUGGCAGUCCAGUUCUGUCAUCGACAACAACUUUGUCUUUGACUCUCACAGUUAGUAACAGCACAUCAAAGAUAUUUAAGGCCCCUUCAAAGACAACAACAGAAUCAAGUAAUGGUCUCCAAUUGAAUGUGAUGAUUGUUAUUGUUAUAGCAGCUGUGAUCGUAUCAGUUGUCAUAGUGAUCUCCAUAUCAAUCUGUAUAGUUCAUAGACUGAAGCAGACAGACAACAACUAUGAGAGUAGAUCUAUGUUCUACAAUGUCACACCAGCAUUAAACAUGCAAUCAAGAUAUGUGUCCAAUCCUAUUUGUGUUGCUCCUGGAGUUCAGAACACAAUGGAGAAAGAUCUGAAGGAAUCUGAACAAGCAAUGGUGUACAGGAAAAAUUCUCUCUACACAGCUAUAUCAGGUGGUAGAUGGGAGGAUCUGACUUUAAGACGACAUCAACAGAUGUUUGUUCCAAGAGAAAAUAUGUCUCCAAGUUACAGCGGACUAAACAACACCCACCAAUUCAGUGAUAUGUCAACAUUAUCGUCUUGCAAUGAUAAUGGCCAUGGCUGGAGUGUCAGUAGUGCUGGACAAUUUGUGGAAAUGCCUGACAAAUACAGCUACCAAUGUGAUCAUACACAGAGAAAUCUGCUUCCAUACACUCUGAAGAGAUCAAGUGGAGGUAAUAACAAAGGCUAUCCUUAUCAACCAGAUAUUGGUAUUAACACUUCCAGUUUUCCCGAGCAAAUACCUUUGACUAUAACUGGUACUACAUCUAACGAAACUGAACCACUAUACGAAAUACCAGUAACUAGUCAAUUUGCUUCAGACUGUAAAUCAUCUCUUCCAACUGUACCUGAAAUACCAGUAAUUAGUCAGUUUACUUCAGACUGUGAAUCAUCUUUUCCAACUGUACCUAAAGUAACAACACUACCAAACAGACUUUCAAUACCGGAGGUACCUCCACCUCCACCUUUAACAAACAACUAAUUAUACAAUUUCAAGAAUAUUCCAAGCUACCCUUUACACAAUACAGGCAAUGAACUCACUGAGUGGAAUAAAUUAAUGGAAAAUAAUUAUAUUAUGGGAGUAUUUCCUUCCACAAUGGAACUUGUAUUCAUUGUGUAUCAUAAGCAGUAAUUUUUAGAAACUUAUUGAUAUUCCAUCUAACAUUUAGUCAAAGCAGGUUUCUCCCAAACAUUUUACCAGAUUUUUUAAAUAUCAAUGUAUGAUACUAAAAUUAAAGAUCCAUGUUAUAGUUUCCUGGCAAGGAAAUAUUUUUUUUUUUUUUUUUUUCCAGUUUACUUUGUUAGUUAUUUCUAUGUACUUAUUUCUUGCUAAAAUUUUUUUAAUAUUAAUGAUUAUUUUGAAACUGACACUGCAUUCAAAAUUAAAGUACACUUUUGAUUUAAAAUAAC